AUGGCCCUUCGCGAGCGCCACGGCACGAAGAAGCGACUCUACUUGGGUCACCCAGAACCCGACGUCGCCGUUGUGCGCAAGUCGGUCACUCGCUUCGUCCCACCACCUCCUCCACCUCCGGUCUACUGCGAGCCUCUGCCACUACCACCGCCUCGCGAGCCGACACCUCCUCCCCCACCACCUCCUCCUGCUCUCCCAGUCCUAGAGCCAGAGCCAUGCAUUCCAGAGCCACCACCACCCCCCCCUCCGCCCCCGAGGGAGCCUACGCCGGACCCCAUAGAUGUCAUUUCUGUCGACAUAGACCCGACACCGGUGCGCAAGCCAAAGAAGAAGAAGUCGCGCUCCAAAUCCAGAUCGCGCGACAGGAGGGAAUCCUUUGAGCGAGAAGUGUACAUUGAGCGCGAUCGCUUCGUUCCAGUUCCAUACCCCGUCCGCGAGGAACCGCAUUACGAGACCUUCCGCUACGUGGAUGCGCCUAGACGCCAUGCGCCACAAAGAAUCGAGUACUGCGAGGAACCUCCACGGCGGAUGAUCGAAGACGAGACCCGAAUUCAUAUUACGGAUAGAGAGAAGGAGAGGGAAAGGGAGAGGUGCCACGAUCAUUAUUAUGAUUCAUACGAUGACCGAUACAGGAGAUGUUGA